UCGAGCCCUCCUAGGUAGGUAGGUAGGCAAGAUCCUUCCAUUCAGAUGUCACAGUGAAUACUACAGUACAAAGCUAGUUUGAUGCAAAACUCAUUUCAGAUAAUUAAUAUCUAGCAUCUUUUAUAGCUUCCACUCUAGUAGGAAUAAAAAUCGAAUUUAUCACUCCUUCAAAAUACGCUUUUAUUAGUCCUUUUCUCAUUCCGUUUGCAUUCCAGACAAAGGUUCUUGGACUCGGCCACACAAUCAUGUCCGAUUCAUCAAACUGGAGAAUUCGCGCCCCAGCAAAUACAAGCUCCGAACCCAGACCAACAAACUGGUCCAACCAAGAACCUAGAGAUGAUCACCGUCAAAGACAACCUAUCGUGCCUCUCGCAGAACGGAGCCGGGCCGAGGACGUGAAAGUCCACAGACCAGAACGACAAAAUGAAGAGUCGCCUGAAACUCUCCAGGCCAUCGCAGAAGGUCGUCGUGUCUAUUUGGGGAACUUGCUUUAUACCACUACACCAGAUGUUAUUAAUGCAUUUCUUACCAAAAACGGCAUAGCAUCUGUUAAUAAUGUUCAUAUAUCUAUUGAUCCUUUCACGGGCCGUUGUCCAGGAUAUUGCUUCAUUGAGUUUGCAGAGAAGGAGGUAGCAGAUAAGGCUAUGCAGACUUUGGAGGGCCUUACAAUAUCGGGUCGACCAGUUAAAUGUCGUCCUUGUCGACCCAAGGGAAAUGUUAGGCGUGGUGGUCCAGAUCAAGGGACAGGCAGUGAGAAUAACAAUUCUAGCUAUAAUCGCUGGGGCAACUGGGAUUCGCGGGCCAGGGACUCGCAACAUGAUAGACUUGCGGGACAAAGCGGACCGAAUGAUGCGUUGAGACAUUUCCAGGUUUCAAAGGCAAAAGAAGAAGGUAGACAGUUGUAUGUUGGCGGGUUGCCUAGAAUGCUGGAUCAGACGGAGAAUGAAUUGGAGAUUCGAUCUAUCUUCGAUGGCUUCGAAAUCGAUGGAGUGAGUAAGAGGGUGAGCCCUCGUGAAAAUAAUCUGGAGGAUAGACGAAACUUUUGUUUUGUUGAUUUUGUCAGCCGCGAGGAGGCUGAAGAGGCUAUGCGAGCUAUCGAUGGUACAUCCUACAGAGAUGCUCCGUUGAAGGUCUCGAUGUCAAUUACGAAGUCUCAAAGGGAUAGAACUGGUAACAGGGGAGUGGGAAUGGGAAUGGGAAUGGAGAGAAACUCGCGAUGGGAAUAGGUAAACUGUGAUAACGGUUAUCUGGAUACGUAAGCGAUUAUCGCGAGUCAAUCAAUCACCAAUUCGUCUUGUAUGACUAGAGAUCAACCAAGUAUACUCUUAUCAAAAGAUUGGAUGAUUCAAUGUAGCCAGAAUCGAUAAUUCGAAUAGUAAUAUCCAAUUUGCAUUAAUUUAUUUCU